AUGGAUAGUUCUGAAGAUCAUUGCAAGAAGCAAGACAGGCUGAAUGAUUCUCCCGUAUGCCGAUAUCCUGAUACCACAACAUUCAGUGUUGUACAAGGAGAACUAGUUAACAUCACAUGUGACGUCGAAUCUGAACCCAAACCAACAGCAUUCCAAUGGACACUCAACAACACUAUUAGAGGCACUGUGGACCUAAAAAGGCGUCACCCGAAGACAUUCAACGUCCUGUAUUAUUCUCCCCGUUACCUCGGUGAUUACGGGACCAUCAUGUGCUGGGGAAAGAACGAUGCUGGUGUGCAAAGAAUUCCUUGCAUGGCUAAUGUAAUUCCUGAAGGAGAAGUCACAACAGACAUGGGUGUUAUCGCCCCAUCUACAGAUGAAGAGGAAAACGCUGGUGACGCCAAAACUCAACCCACGAGCUUCGUCAUGUCUCCCGCAGUGGGGGUUUUAGUGGGAGUCGUAGUUGCCUUAGUCGUUAUGGCUUUAAUAAUCGUAAUAGUGAUGAGAAUCCAAGGUCCUCCACCUACAAGAA